UGAAAUGUGGCUCUAACGGUGGUGAACAACACCACACGAGCCCGUCACCCAAACUCCCACAUUCCUUUGGACCGUGCCAUAGUCGCGCAUACAGACUUCGACUUCACACCGCACAGGCAACGAUUCACCUAAUUCAAGAUGUCUGAGGCUGAAGGACCACCACCUCAAGGACCGCCUCAGGGCCCUCCCCAAGGGCAGUUCCAAGGGCCGCCGCCAGGCAUGCCUCAACCCGGCCAGCAGCCCACGCCCGAGCAGAUCCAGAUGAUGCAGCGCCAGCUCGCCGCCGAAGCAGAGAAGCACGGAAUCUCGGUGCAAGAAUAUGUUCAGAGACUCAAAGCACAGGCAAUGGCACAGCACCAGGCGCAAAUGCAGGCGCAACAGCGAGCUCAGCAGCAGCAGCAGCAGCAGCAACAACAGCCAAUCCAGCCUGGACCGCCAAAGCCAGAGGCGAUCGCUGUAGCCAAUUUCCUGAAGUCGCAAGACCUGAAGCCUAGGACAGUCAUCCACGAUGAGAAGCGCAAGGAUAUGUUCAGAGUCAUGCGAGCAAUCCGCGCCCUCUCCUCACCUGCCUACCAGAAAGCGCGCACAAAGAACCCCCUCCUCCCCGAAGUUCACGACCGCGCCUCCGCCGAGAACACGUUCAAGCUGCUCCCUCUCUCCCUCCUUGCCCUCCGCGUUUCAAAAGUCGAUCCUGCCACCGCCCAUGAGGGCCACAAUCACGCCAAACCGAAGCGUGUCAAGGGUCUCUGGACUGUCCGUAUCGAACAGCACCAGGAAGCGAACGACGAUAACUACUACAUCUGGCUGUACGAGGGCUCGCAGUGGAAGCAGAAGCUGUACGCCGCCGGUGCGCUUGUGCUUGUCAUUGCGGUCGUGCUGUUCCCGCUGUGGCCGCUGUUCCUCAGGCAGGGCGUGUGGUACCUGAGUAUGGGCAUGCUAGGCCUGAUUGGACUGUUCUUCGCUAUGGCGAUUGUGCGGUUGAUUCUGUUCAUCAUCACAAUGUUCGCUGCACCACCUGGUCUAUGGCUCUACCCCAAUCUGUUUGAGGAUGUGGGCUUCUUCGAUUCGUUCAGGCCUGUGUGGGCAUGGCAAGAGACACCCGAGGAUAUCAAGAACAAGAAGAUCGCAAAGAAGGAAAGGAAGGCUGCCAAGCUCGCUGCAAAGGCAAACGGCGAGGGCAAACCAUCCAAGGGCAAGAAGGGCUUCACACCUCUCGAGCACCAGCACCAGCAUGGACACGUCGAGGAGAUUGUCGAGGACGAACAGCCAAACCAGCAAGAACCCGUAGCUGCUGAUGCCGCGCCUCAACCGACGGGCUCAGAGGCCGCACCUGCGCCGACGGGUGAUGUGACACAGCGCCCGCCGAGAGCGACGGUAGAAGAAGCUGAAGAUGAGUAAGUGAAGUUGUUCGAGAUGUAGUGUAGGGUUUUGCGGUUUUGGGCAUUGUCAUUUGCAUGGGUUAGCUGGUGUUUGGUGUUACGGGACGGACGGUGGAUGAGGAUCAUGAGCUGUUUGACUGGUGCAG